GUGCAGUCUGAGGAAAUGAAGAGACUGACACAUCAUGACAGAGACAAAAGGACUUUCCCUUCAGACUCCGCUCCGACCACUCAGUGUUUUGGUUUUCCGUCUGCUCCUCACACACUCAUGCAGAGGUCAGCCUCAGUUAACUGGUCCACCUCAUUCAAUCGUAGCAGCAGUUGGCGAUGACGUUAUUUUGCCGUGUCACCUGAAACCUGCGAUGGAUGUUACUGCAGAGUUGCUGGAGUGGAAGAGAUCUGACCAAAACCCAAGAUUUGUCCAUGUGUGGCGCUAUGGUCAGGACCUGGAGCAUGUAAAAAACCCUUCAUACAGUGGAAGAACGUCACUGUUCACUGACGAACUGAAGCGAGGAAACAUUUCACUGAAACUCUCCAAAGUACGACUCUCUGAUCAGGGAAUAUAUCACUGUGACCUUCCACUGCUGGACAAACAAUCCUCUGUCAAGCUUGUUGUUGCAUCAGGUGCUGUCCCCUCACCGGUCAUCAGUUUAAGAGGGAUUGACAGAGAAAGAAGAGGAGUGAUGUUAGACUGUGAGUCUGCAGGCUGGUAUCCAGAGCCUGAGGUGUCGUGGCUGGACGGUGAGGGACACGUCCUCUCUGCUGGACCUACAGAGACAGUCAGAGGUCCUGAUGACCUCUAUACUGUCAGCAGCAGAGUGACUGUGGACAAGAGACACAGCAACAGCUUCACCUGCAGAGUCCAACAGAACCACAUCAACCAGACCAGAGAGACACACAUCCAGGUCCCAGAUGAUUUCUUUGACGUCCGGUCCAGUUCCUCCUCCAUCAUUAUCGGUCUGGCUGUUGGUUUGACUGUUUGCAUCCUGAUUAUUCUGCUACUUUUCUUUUUUGUGUGGAAACAGAGACAAAAGAAAAACAAGACAAAGAGAAGUCGCACAGAUGAAACUGAUACAGGAGAAAUUAAAAAUCGCUCUGAAGAGGAAAAGAAGCCUCUGAAGAAGAACAAACCUUGGUCGAUGGUUUCUGUGAAGAAGUUGGAGGAGGAGCAGCAGAGGAGAGAGGACGCCGAAAAUAAGGUCCAGAUCCUGCAGGAGCAGCUGCAGACUAAGACCAAGGAGCUCCAGGACGAACGGACCAGGAGAGAAGAAGCUGAGAGAAAAGUUCAGAGGACAGCAGAGGAGCUGCAGGAAAAGACAGCAGAGCUGCAGAAAUCUGAGAGCAACGUGACUGAGACCAAACGACAUCUGGAUACAGAGACCACUGAGAGGAGUUACCUGCAGACAGAGGUCCAGGAUGAGAAGAAGAGGACUGAGCAGAAGACAAAGAUGGAGAAGAACGGAGAAGAAAGUUCUCAGCAGAAAAAUCACUGCCUGAUCAGCUGAGACUAACCCUAACCCUAACCCUAACCCCUAACCCUAACCCUAACCCUAACCCUAACCCGAGACUAAC